GUCACCCUGCUCUACCCUUAGACGACUGGCGUCCGAGCUCGCCUCUCUCACAACAUCUUGUCUCGCGCCCAAAACCGAAUCACCUCGGGCUUCUGAAACGUCCCCAGUGCACAGUUUCAAAUAUACGCGUGCUGUUCACUAAGCUUCAGAUCUCGAUGAAGCCCACCAUGUGCGAUCCGUGGCUCUUCAUUUCUAGCGGGCAGUGAUCAUCUAUUCUCCAAAGUUCUCUGACAAGGCACUACAGUCCAUCAGUCAGCAUGCUGUUUCCGAAGCAGGUGUUCCUCAUUUGUGGAAGGGUCAACCUCCGGACCACGGUCAUGCUCAUUGCAAUCGCGGAAUUCGUGGGUUCCUUGUUUAGUAUGUUCGUGCUGGCUCUGUGUGAUUGCCAUGCCAGAGAUAUGGCUGCCAAGUUGGACGCCGAUAUCAUGGAAGAUGCAGAAAGAGAAAGUAUCGUUAUGGAUGGGGACGAGUCAAACGAUUAUGCCAGCCCGACGACAACCAUCAAUGAAAUUCGAUUCAAUGAUGCAAAAUCCUUGGUAAAUUACAUCACUGCGGGAGUUUCAGUGGCUCUGGUUUUCUACGCAUCUUGCUGUUUUGCCAGUAUCUUGUUAGGCCUGGGCGUUUAUUUGAGGAAUCGAAUUCUUAUUCUAUCUUGGCUCGUCAUAUCGGCAGUUUGUCUCAUAGUGUUCCAUACCACUACCUUUUUAGCCGUCAAUUUCUUUGCACGACCUGAUCUUCGAGCUCUAUCAAAUAUACUCCUUUUCAUAAUAUUAUGUGUUUUGGUCUAUGCUUUCACGAUAGUUCACAGUUAUUACAAACUCUUGCAAUCCCAGAAAGCACCGCAAAUCAGCAAUGCGAACAUAAUCAAUCUGGUCGUCAGCAAAGGCGGUGCCCAAGUUGCCAACGUCUAAACGAUGCAGGGGCUCGUUGUGCGAGUAGAACAUCCCAAUUGACGUCCGACUCUCGCUGUGUUUCAGUGGCGAGGCGCGAAUGAUCGAUUAUCGAUAUUUUCCCAUUUGAAGCUAUAGUAAAGAAUCGAUUAUCAAGGUGUCCGUUGUGAACACCCUGUUUACCGAUCCUUUUCAUAGGUUUAAAUGGCAGAUCAAUCGAUAUAUCGCAAAGCACGCCGCGUCACUACUCCGUUCAGCAUAGUGAUGUGGACUUGUGAUUGUCAUGUGCUAAGAAACGCAUUUACGUAUUAUACAUUUAUGUCUAUAUACACCCGUCCAAAGGCAAAUUCUAUACCUUCAAAAGAGAAAGGUAGAGGAUGAUUGUUGACUUGAUGAAUAACCGAUCACUAAGCCCUGUUUGCUGAACAUAUUUUUAACUCCAACUUAGCAGUCAUUGGACGGACAGCACUUCUUAGACGGUCGAGAAUAAUAAAGAUUUCCGCGCAUGGAGGUGAUCAAUGAUUAGUCAAAUUUUCACGGGUUUUGACCUCGCAUGAGUGCACACAUGGUAAAAUUACAAUCCGCGGAAAAAAAUGCUCGACACCUGUCGAGUAAAUUCUCCGCCGUUUCAUGACUUUUGGUCAUGGUUCGCAUGGGUGCACUUUUGCACGAAGGUUGGGCGGUAGGUUGAGAUUUUUGAUGUGGCCAUUGUUGUUGCCGACAUGAAAUAUCGGGCAAAUCCGAUUUAUCCCAGCUGGGAAUUUCAAUCACCCGGUGGGGGGGGGGGCAAAUAGUUACUGAUAAUAGAACGUCAGCUCUCGUACGGCUACACGGAAACAAAGUUUUGGGGGCUAUCCCCUAAAAUUGUAGUACUACACUACCCCCAAAUUGUUGAAUGAUACGGACAUUUUCAAUUAGUUAUGGUAGUACGCAACAUUCAUGAAAGUAACCUAAUUUAUUGGAAUACUACUCCAAUUAAUUGGAAAUGUCCGGGUUGGGACUUAACCCCAACCUCUUUUUUCCGUGUGUUGCUAUGUCCAUACUGUGUUGACCAUGUUGGGCACCAUGCGUCUCACGCCGACCAAAGACCGCACAGUGUUAGGCGCAAUGCGUGAAGUAUUCCUGCAGUCUUGUAGGCGCUAAAAUUCGUUUCGCGCUGAUCAGCCAGCGCGCGGCGACCGCACUGUGUUUGGCGCGAUGCGAGAAGUAUUCCUGCAGUCUUGUAGGCGCUACUAUGCGUUUCGCGCCGACCGGCUUAACCGGGAAUCAAUCCUUGCCUCUUUUUCCGUGUGUUUCUAUAUCUUUCUCGUGUUGAGCACCACGGUCAUAUUUGUGGUUGAAGCAAUUACCGGAGAGUCAUUCACGUGGACGUUACUACGGAUACUGCGGAUUUUACGGCAAACACCAGGGUUACUACCUAUUACGGUAGUUAUUGCGACUACCACUGGAUAGGCAACGCUCUAUCAAUUCAUCUCUGGUUGUAGCUGUUGUAUCUUUUUUUUUAAUUUCUUUUCUGCAACGUAAUGUAUCACUUCCAUAAUUAACACAAGAUUCGCUUUGAGAAUUUCGCCGAAUGGUUAUGGGUUUCUUACUCACUCUGGAUUAGAUUGUCAAAAAUAGUUCGCCUGAGUUGCUUAUGAUUAGGGGAUUUUUGGAUGCUUUAAACUAUGACUAAUCAAAAGUUCGUCCCUUUGAAGAAAUGAAAAAUGAAUCUCAAAUUAUUACUUUAAAUUAAUGAGAUUCGAAUUAGACCUUAAAUUUUAUACGAGAAGGAGCCAUAUGUCCUCCGAAGGACUAAUCCAUUCUUUUCUAAUUUUCAAAACAUAUUUUACCGAAAACUUCCGCCUGAAAAUGACGAGACCUUGGAGCAGGCUUGAGUACAGGUUUCUGUUCAUUAGAAGGAAAGUGUACUUGGGGAGGAGGAAGGGCAGAGUGAAAUUGCGUUGAGAUCACAGAGAGUGACUCCAAGAUUUCAAAAAAUGAUGCUGAACACUUCUUCGUUUCAAAAAUAAAGUAUGACAGGAAGUCUGCAACGUAACAAACCCAGAUCAGCAUUCCUGCUGUUUCACCGUAAAAAUACAAGCUAUGAACAGUUUUCCAAUCAUUUUUAAUACGAGUCAUAAGUGUUUGAGUGUCUCAGACAAAUAAAGGUGAUAAAAAAUGAUCUGUAAAGUCCAUGCUGACAUAAAUGGCGAUCUUCAUAAAAAUUAAGGGAAUGCCUAAAAUUAGGCAAAUGCAAAUGUUGACUCCUAAAAUUAUCAAGCUGGUCGGCCCCCAACUAUAUUAUGCCAGGGUAUAUAUUUUUUCUGAAUUUUAAAGGUGAUUUUUUUCUGUAAUUUAGAGUUUCUAAGCUUUUGUGUUCAAUACACCAGCCCUAGCCAGAUCUUCGCGCCCUUUUCAUGACUUAACAAGCGGAAUAGAGAAAGGGCGACUCUUUCGGAAACGUUAGAGCAAAAUUAGCAGAGUUACCUACUUAUGGGUUAUGAAAAUCUACAUCGUUUUUGGACAUCACAUCUCCCUUAUCAAUGGUCCUGAACUGUUCAAUUUGCAUAUACACAUUUUAUGCAGGUACUCAAUUGAUGGCACAAUCGUAGCUUAUGGGUUCUUGUCGUGACUUAAUGAUUGAUUAAGUUACAAAGAAAGGAACCUAGCCACAUCAGGUUGGUAUUGAGAAAGAGAAGUUAGAGAUUUAUACCUCGCAGUCUCUCAGUGCAAGAUAUAGAGUUCAACUACAGUUUUCACAUUAGAAAUAUUUUUUCUUGAUGUUGAAUUUUUGACAGUAGAAAAUAUAAGUGCCACUAGAUGGGCUCAAACUUUUCUCCAAAUUUUGGAUUGGCUCCUUAUCAAUUCAUUCUAUUUAAAUAAAUGUAUAAUUCAAAGUCACUACUCUUGUAAUAAAUACCUUGCUAGAAAGCUGAUUGCUAAGGAUAAGGGUAAGCAGGAAGUUCCUAAUGACUUCGUUGGUUAUGUAUGAAGAUUUCAACUAUCAUUCUAUGGCUAUAAUACAUCCAGGCUCCCAAUUUAUUCUUUCCUUAUUAUUGUAUCUAUGCCUUUCCUCUUAAAAUGGUCUUUUCUCAAACUCCGAUCAUGAUGAUAUUUUGAUUCCGUUGUACAAAAAAUAUUUUUGUAAUCAAUGUCAAGUUUAUUUUUCAAAAACUGAAUUUGUUAGACAAAUAAAAUGAAAGUAUUAUUGUUAAAUUGAAA